UGGAUAGAAGAUGACGUAUUUCCGUUUACAGCCGCGCCAAACUCUAAAACCAAAAAUGGCCGGCGUUUGUUGUCACUAUUUUGAGAGUCAGAAUUUCUGUUUGCAGAUUAAAGGCUGAAAAGAAGUGUCGCUUGUCAUCACCAGUGUUCCAUCUGGAGAUGCGACGGUAUCAGGCCUAGAGGAGGGUAAAUACGCCACCAAGAAUGAAGAAGUGGGGCGAGCGUCUAAAGAAGGUGGAGCAGUUGGCCGAGAACUUCCAUCACAAUCCCGUGAUCCCGCGCUACAAGCCACGGCUUUGGCCCUGCCAGCCUUCCUCUGUCUGGAAACUGUUCUAUCGGCAAAAUGUUGCUAUUGGCUUUGCUCAGAGUUGCAAGGAGCCUGUACAUGUCUUUGCAUUGGAAAAAGAGAAUGCGCCCUGGGGUCAAAGGAUAUUCCUGGUGACCAGUUACAGUGAACUGUGGCACUAUUACAGGACAUACACUCAGUCCUUGAUGCACUGCUACGAGGUGAUACCAGAGGGCGCUGUUUGCAAACUCUACUUCGACUUGGAGUUCCACAAGCCCUCAAACAGAGAGGCCGAUGGCAAAAAGAUGGUGGCCAUGUUGAUCCAGUAUGUUUGUCAAAAGCUGAAGGACGUUUAUGGUGUCGAAUGCUGUGCAACAAGCAUCCUCAGUCUAGACUCCAGCACAGAGGACAAGUUCAGUCGUCACCUCAUCUUCAAUCUUCCAAAUGCGGCUUUCAAAGACAACAUUCACGCCGGUGCUUUCAUUCAUGCCAUUCUUCAACCUGUCCUGGACGGUAGCAAUGAAGAAGGCAGCCGAACGCAGAACCAAGAGACUGACCUCAGUUUCCUUCACGUGAAAAACAAGGACGGACGCCCUGCUCUGUUUGUCGAUCUCGGAGUUUACACCAAGAACAGAAAUUUCCGUCUUUACAAGUCAUCCAAGGUCGGGAAGAAUGCUGCCUUCUCCUUAGCCGACGACAAUAAAUUCAUCUCCAAACUCAGCAAGAGUGUGUCUCCGGAGGAAAGUGUGUUCUUGGCGUCUUUAGUGUGUAACGUGAGCUUCACAGGCCAGAGAAUUCUAACGUGGGAAGGCGCAGACGCUCGGGCGUGUCGAACCACCGGGGUUCAGCGCCAAAUGGGUUUACCGUCUGAUUCAGGCUUGCUUUCGGGCUGCCUCGCGUCUCCUCACCGAGAAGUGGACGACUUUGUUUUGACGGUGGUUAGGAGGGAUGCCGUACAAGGAAGCAUCAGGCGCUGGAACUACUUUGCUGCCCAACAGCUGCUGGUCUACGACAUCGCCAAGUACCGCUGGUGUGACAACGUGGGCCGCUUUCACAAAAGCAACAACAUCAUGAUCGUGGUGGAUCUCAAAGAGGAAGUGUGGUACCAGAAAUGUCACGAUCCUGAAUGCAGGAACUUCAGAUCCUCAAGUUACCCAUUGCCGCAGGAGAUGUGCAUCAGUUACAUCAUGAUGCAGGAUGAAGAGGACCAGGCCUUCGUGAUGGACGAGGAAGGCAACAUUGAACCCAGCCAAGAACCAAAGGAGGCGGGUCGGGAUCACGAAUCUACAGUCGUGUGGGGAGGAGACGCCGAAGAUGACCAAGAAUUCUCAGACUGCCUCGACGACUUUGAGAUGAGCAGCAGCGAAAUCUCCGACGAGCUGCUGCUCAGCUGCGUGUAAAAUUUCCAUUCCCAGUAAAAGAUGACGCGCGUCCAAGAGAAGUUACUGAUGCACUUUAUUGAAAUCUCAAGUCACAAUUUUUCUCACAAUACAAGCCCCCCAAAAAUUAUUUUAUACAUUAAACACACGCAAUUUGCUUUAAGGGGCACGGUCUCAAUUCCAAAUAUGACGAGUCACCUUUAAGCCAUGUUGUGUGACAAAGGCAGCAUGAAAAAUGCUGCUUAUUUCUGUGCUCCAAAGUGAAGCGUUCACAAAAACUAACUAACCCCCCACUUGCAUAAAACUUACCAGGUGACAUUGUUGAGAAACGGGGGAAUGCAAAUAUAUGCAAACAACAUUCAAUAAUAUAAUUCUGUAUUAUAAUACUAAGCACAAUUUAAAUAUUCAUCUGAAACAAUUUGAUAUAAAUAUCCACUUAUAUGAACACAUUUUGAGACCUUCAGUUUACACUUCUACGAUAAUUAUCAAGCACUCACUCGAUUUGGUACCCUGUUGAGGAAAGCCGCUCCACCCC